CUUCCUCCAGCCAAGCACUGCUUAAUAUAGAUUUACCAUAUGCUUCAGUCCCUGCUCACUCUUACACAAGCAUCUUCUAAGAUCGAGUCAACCCACAAUUUCCAACAAAAGACACAUAGCAACACCAAGGAUUUCAUAGGGCUGAAAGCGAAAUAGCACAACUUUCACCAGAUCUGGGUUUUGUUUUGUUUUUAUUUUCCUUUAGGUACUUCUAGAGCUGUUUUAAUCAAUAAAGAACAUGUCUGAGUACAGCCAAAACUCUGAUCCAGAAGAAACCUGCUUUGAGGAGAUGGAUGAAGAUGAAAUCUUGGCAAACUUGUCCCCUGAAGAGCUGAGGGAACUACAGUGUGAAAUGGAAGUCAUGGCUCCCGACCCCCAAGUGCCAGUUGGAAUGAUACAGAGAGAUCAGACUGAAAAGCCCCCGACAGGAAACUUCGAUCACAGAUCCCUGGUCGACUACAUGUAUUGGCAGAAGGCAUCCAGACGUAUGCAUGAGGAUGAAAGGGUUCCGGUCACACUCUUACCAUCGGAGAGAGCCACUGGAGAAAAGUUCGAAGAAAAUGUUGCCGAUAGUAGCAAUGAAAAUCAAAUAAUCAAAAAUACUGCUGGGAAAACAAAUGGAGAUGUAAGAGACUAUAAAGUGAAUGAAGAAGAGGACGAAGAGGUAGAAGAGGAAGAGGAAGAGGAAGAGGAGGAGGAGGAGGAAGAAGAAGAGGAAGAAGAGGAGGAGGAGGAGGAGGAAGGAGAUGAAGAGGAAGAGGAAGAGGAGGAAGAGAAUGAAAAGGAUAAGGAAGAUUUGGAAACAAAAACACCAUAUGGUGAUGAGAAUAGCAGAAGCAAAAAUGAAACUAAGGAAUCAAACAUGGAAUCAGGUGAAAAACAAGAAAAUAAUGGGGGGAAAAUAUCAAAGUUAAAUAUUCCCAAAAAAUUAGCUCUCGAUACCAGUUUUAUUAAAUUAAGUGCAAGGCCUUCAGGAAAUCCAACCAAUUUAGAGGAGAGCUUGUCUAAAGUCCGGAAGAAUGACCCAGACAUGACAGAACUCAACUUGAACAACAUUGAGAACAUCCCCAAGGAAAUGCUGGUGGACUUUGUCAAUGCCAUGAAAAAGAAUAAGCAAAUCAAGACAUUCAGUUUAGCCAAUGUGGGGGCAGAUGAUAAUGUCGCUUUUGCCCUGGCCAACAUGCUACGUGAGAACAGGAGUAUCACUACUUUGAAUAUUGAUUCCAAUUUCAUCUCAGGUAAAGGAAUUGUUGCCAUUAUGAGGUGUCUGCAGUACAAUGAGAAGUUGACUGAACUACGUUUUCACAACCAGAGGAGCAUGUUGGGCCAUCAAGCAGAAAUGGAGAUUUCCAGGCUAUUGAAAGCCAACCCUACACUACUUAAGAUAGGUUAUCACUUUGAACUUCCAGGUCCCAGAAUGGUGGUUACCAAUCUGCUCAGCAGAAACCUCGAUAAACAGAGGCAGAAAAGGAUAGAGGAGCAAAAGCAGCAACAGUUAAAACAGCAGAGGGAGCUAAUAGCCAUGUUAGAGAAUGAUCUUGGGUUGCCUCCAGGGAUGUGGGAACUGCUAGGGGGACCAGUGCCUGCUUCAAUGAUACCUCCUCCAAUGCAACCUCCAAUGCCACCAGUCCCCAAAGCUCCAUCUCUUAGCAGAAAAAAUGAACCUGCAAGAAUACCAGCUCCUGAAACCGAAAGCAGUGAUAACACUCCCUCCUUCAAAAUAGUUAAACUCAAGAGAAUCCAGCGCAAACCCAGUAUAGAACAAUAUGUGGAGCCAGCUGAAAAAACAAAUCUCAAAGAUGUGAUCAAGACACUAAAGCCUAUUCCGAGAAGGCGGCCACCUCCUCUAGUGGAAGUAACUCCAAGGGAUAAGCUCCUUAGUGAUAUUCGUCAGAGCAAUGUAGCUUAUCUUAAACCGGUGCCAGUUCCCAAAGAGCUGGAGUAAGUCACCUCAUUCAGCUGAAGGAAACAACUUAAAAAACAAACACAGACUAUUCAAGUGUUGCUUCUGAUUGUUUCAGGGUCUGUUUCCUUCAGGUGGAAGACAUGAAGACGUGGGAACAACGGUUGAAGCAUGCUGUCUGUUGAAGUGAUGGUUGAAAUGGGUAGAAUGGAAGCCACAUAAAUGGUUAAUAAUUCCCAUCCAUUCUCAAGUAAUGAGCUGGUGUCACUCUACAGUCUCCAUCAGCCAGCUGAAUUUAAAUUUCUUUUUUGGUGGUGGUGGGGGAAUGGAGUGGGAGACUUUGCCUUCCCCCAUUCUUAAUGAUGUUACCACUUUUAUAUAUUCCUUCUGUAACUCUUACUGCAAACAUGUCACCCUCUCUUUUAAAUUUUACAGAUGCUUGUGGCA